AAAGUAAAAAAAAACCAGCCAAAACAUACUGUCUGUCUGUCCCUCUAAUUCUAAUCUUCUCUCUCCUCUCUCAGCAAAUUACAAAUCAUUCCUUUUUUCCUUCUUCUUAUAGCUUCGAUUUCAAACCCUAAUUUUUCGAAUUGGUGACCUAAAAAGAUGGGGUUAUGGGAAGCUUUUCUCAAUUGGCUACGAAGUCUCUUUUUCAAGCAAGAAAUGGAGCUGUCUCUUAUAGGACUUCAGAAUGCUGGGAAAACUUCUCUUGUAAAUGUUGUCGCUACUGGUGGAUAUAGCGAAGACAUGAUCCCAACAGUUGGAUUUAACAUGAGGAAGGUUACAAAAGGCAAUGUCACAAUAAAGUUGUGGGAUCUUGGAGGUCAACCAAGGUUCCGCAGUAUGUGGGAGAGAUAUUGUCGCGCAGUUUCAGCCAUUGUAUAUGUCGUGGAUGCCGCUGAUUUUGAUAAUUUAUCUGUCUCGAGAAGUGAACUUCACGAUCUUUUAAGUAAACCCUCUCUGAGUGGUAUCCCUUUGCUGGUACUGGGAAAUAAGAUUGACAAACCAGGAGCCUUGUCCAAGGAAGAUUUCAUGGAACAAAUGGGGCUUAAGUCCAUCACCGACAGAGAAGUAUGCUGCUACAUGAUCUCAUGCAAGAACUCAACCAACAUCGACACAGUUAUUGACUGGCUUGUAAAACAUUCAAAAUCGAAGACUUGAGCAUCAGUUCCUGUACUUUUCACUGUCGCAGUUAUGAUUUUGAGUUGCUCAUUUUUAUUUUAUUUUUUAAAAUUGUCCGCAAUGUCUAACUGGGUUAUCGAUGUCUGACCAUUGUCUUUAUUUUCUCCUUGUGGCCGAGUCAUUGCAUGUAUCAUUUGAGUUCACAUCCAAGUUUUAUUGACUCGCCAGCAUGUUGUUUGGUUGCAUACUGGUUUGAUUUUUAUAUGUGAAUAUUAAUCAAUUGGUGUGAUUUCCGAAUGCAAACUUGCUACUCAUAGUAGUUUUGAAUGGAAUAAUGGAUUUUGCUUA